CACAAAUAUUAGAAAUAUCAUUUUGGGCAAAAGUAAAAAAAGAUUUAAAACAAUAAGAAAAAAAAGAUUGAGAAUUUGAAAGAGAAAGAAUAUACUCCUCAUUUGAAUAAAUUAUGAAAUCUAUUAAAUAUAAUAAAUAUUUCAAUACUUCUCAUUUUUUUUCUAAUCGGGUCCAAUUUUUCCAACUAUUUACCAUUUUUUUCUAAUUUGUUCUGGUUUUGACUCUUGAGAGUUUUAUUUUCCAAAUUCUCCCCCUCUCUUCCAUUUCGUUCUAGCAUUCCUGACUUCUGCAGAGCCGAAUUCGAUGGAAACCGAGAAGGAUUUCUCGUUCGAUCCUGACUUGAUUCACGAAAUCUUCAAGCUCGUCUGGAGAAGACGGGCUGCAGAUCGCGAGAAAAAUGAACUCUCACAAUCUGUGGACAACGAGAUUAUCGGAGCAGCUAACACAUCCAGGAGGAAUCGCCCUACAUAUGAAGCUGUACAUCGUGCUGCUGCUAUUGCUGAAGCAGAAGGUACUACUAGAAUUGAAGCAACACAUUUGGAGAGGAUACUUCCCCAGCUCCUUUUGGAUUUUUGAGGUACUCCAAAAAUCAUUGAACUAUGAUUUAAGUGAUAGCCACGGACAUUAGUGUUCUUGUUAAGUACUUCACGUAUUGUUUUAAGGAUUUGUCCAGAUAUUGGAUUUAAUUGAUUUCUCUCACACUCUAAACUUAUAAGUUGGUGGUCUUAUUUGAAUUGGGUGUUUCACUUGUAAAUAUGAAAUUCACCCCAUUUGCUUGUUUGUUAAGAUGUGAGAGAUUUAGACUUGGAAUUGAGCCACACCCAUGUCCUGUUUUAACAUGUUUUAACAAGGUACAAAUAUUAUAUUUCUGAAUGACUUCAAACUUACUCUGUUUGUUGCAGACACAAGACACAUCAAUUUCAGUUAACAAAGGACACUUAAAAUG